AGGAUCUGAGAUUCUGUCGCUGUUAGCUUGUUAGCCUGCUGACUAGCAUCAUAAGCUACACUGCUGCUGCGUUGAGUUGUUUUACCUUUCAGAAAAAAUUGUUUAAUUAAAGUCAUAAGUUACUUAGCAAAAAUACAAAUAUGACAGAAUACCAUAACACGCACAUUAUAUAUAGGGUUACGCUGCUCAAAGUACUUCCGGGGUAAUUUUGUAACUUUGACACAUAACACUGCGUGCCAUCGUGAGGGCUUUAUGUUCACCGGUCAUCGGUCACCGUCACCGCCUUCAUGUCCACCGCGGUGCUGGUUGCCGCUGUUGUCGGCGGUGGGGUCCUGUUCCUUAUGCGUCGCUUGUUCCCUCGGCAGAAAGCUGUAAAGCUGCUCCGGUACCCCUCCGACACCAUGCGAGGAAAGACCGUAAUCGUGACCGGGGCUAACUGCGGGAUAGGGAAGGCCCUGGCUGGGGAGCUACUGAAGCUCCAAGCCCGGGUCGUCAUGGCCUGUCGCGAUCUGCGGAGCGCCGAGGAGUCAGCCAGGGACAUCAGGAACCAAGCGGGAGCAGAACAGGGGGAGGUGGUCAUUAAACACCUGGACCUCGCUUCUCUUAGAUCAGUCCGAAAAUUUUGUGAGGAAAUUCAUGAGGAAGAAUCCAAGAUUGACGUGCUCAUCAACAAUGCAGGAAUCUACCAGUGUCCCUACACAAAGACAGAGGAUGGGUUUGAGAUGCAGCUAGGUGUGAAUCACCUGGGUCACUUCCUCCUCACUCACCUCCUGCUGGACCUCCUGAAGACCUCAGCCCCCAGCCGCAUCGUUGUGGUUUCCUCCAAGCUUUACAAGUACGGCCACAUCAACUUCGAUGACCUGAACAGCGAGAAGAAUUACAACAAGUCUUUCUGCUACAGUCAGAGCAAGUUGGCCAACCUGCUCUUCACACUCGAGCUGGCUCAUCAGCUGGAGGGUACGGGGGUCUCAGUCAAUGCUCUCACCCCGGGCAUCGUGAGGACCAGACUAGGCAGGCAUGUUCAAAUCCCUCUCCUGGCAAAGCCUCUGUUCUACCUCGCCUCACUAGUCUUUUUCAAGAGUCCACUGGAGGGGGCUCAGACUCCUCUCUACCUUGCCUGCUCCCCCGAGGUGGAGGGAGUGUCGGGGAAGUGCUUCGCUAACUGUGAGGAGGAGGAGCUGAUGACCAAAGCUACAGAUAACCAGGCAGCCAAGAAGCUGUGGGACAUAAGCAGGAGGAUGGUUGGGCUUGAUAACUGAGCAGUUCUGUGGAGAACUGGGAGGAUGAAAGUGUUCCCGGAUGAAAAUACUUGAACUCUAGUGGCCCCAGCAGACACUGUUCUGCAAGAGAUGGCUUAUAAAAAGACAGAUUGCCACCUUGGGGAUGUAACUAUUAAUUGACUGACAUUCUGCCAAUGGAGUGUGUAAAUUAAUAUAUGAUGCAGCGUGUUGAUCAGAGAGUGUAUAAAGCUUUCAAUUAAAACAUGUGAGAAUGAUGGUUUAAACAAA